AUGGCCUUAGACCUUUCCUGCCAACCAUUUAGCUUGCUCUCCCCACCGUCGGUACGCUCCCCUACGCCAGUACACAAACGCAUCGCAAGAAUCCUUCCUAUCUACAAGAACCGCAUCGCGUCUAUCAAUUUGGCUACGCCACCGCGCUCCCGUCCUGAACGCCGUUUCGCGGUCUCCGCGUCGCAUCAGUUCCAGAUACCAGCGCGCCUCCGGAAAAUCAUUUCCACCUCCCCGUCUGCUUCAGAAACUCAACCGUCAGAUGCGCUAAGCCAAGAAGAGCUCCUUAAAGACGACGCCGCUGCUUACUAUGGAGACCUUAGUGAUGUUUCCGGCGGUAGUAUCGCCAGCGCGAAUGGCGCUGAGGCGGAGCAGAAGCCAGACGAUGCCGCCACGUGUCUUUACUUGAUUCGCGUGAAGACAAGCCGGGAGCCUCUUUCUGGCAUGUCCAUAUCAGGUGGCGGCGUCCUAUUGGCUGUGAUUGGAGAAGACGGUGACACAAUUUCGGUGCAACUCCAACCACAGGUUGACUUGGAAUCGACGGUUCAGAAGAGUGCUGACAAAGACGGGCGGACGGAUGCUGCAGCCACUGGAGUCUUGCCAGUUGGUGCAACGGCAUUCGCUGCAGGACAGACAGCGGAAAUCCGUCUGACCGCGCCUAGUAUCGGUCCAGUGGUGGCUGCUUGGCUGGCGCCGCAACGAGGCGCCACGUGGCGAGUUGACAGCGUGUCUGUCGCUGUUGUUCCAAACAGUGCAGCAGAAAGAAAGGCUGCUUCAGCUGAAGCAGGAGAACCAGAUGUGGUGACGGCGGUAGCUGAUUCCUCAGCAGUAGAAUAUACGCUCCUUCCAGGACCUUACUCCACUUUUCUUGGAGACCCUUCAGGUGGGGGUAACAGUGGGAACCCCGAUACGCCAACAGCGAUUCAACUAAGAGUGGCGCAAACACAAAUAUUAGAUCCUUUGUUCGCUUUGACAGCACCCGAAGCAGCUGCUACAGCUGCCAAAGCUGCGGAAGAGGCUCGGAGAAAGAGGGAGGAGGGGUUGAGGGAGUAUGAAGAACUGAAGAGGCUGAUGUUGCUGGUUACCACAGGGUUGGUGGUUACUGGGACAGGAGCUGCUGGGUGGGUAGGAGGAGUGGACACUGCUCUGGCGUUUGCUGCAGGAGGGGCGCCGGCGCUUGUCUACUUGCUGAGAUUGCAGAGCCGAGUCGAUGAGCUUCCGUCGGCCAAUAUAACCGAGACUGCAAAACCACCUAACGCAGCAACAUCCGACACUUCAGGUGAAUCUAGCACCGUUCUUCAAACUCCCAGCAGUGGAACAGUGGUGGAAGGAAGAAGCGGGGAUCCUGAGAACCUUAAUCUGGUGCGAAGUAUUGGAGUCCGGGCGGUGUUAGCCACUGUAGCCAUUGGAUCAGCUGUUGCCCUCUUGGGAGGCGCUGGUGGUGGCGAGGGUGACGGGGGCCUUUUGACGGGAGGGUUGCAGGCUCUGAAGAUUGAGCCACAGCAGUUUGCUGCGGGUGUGUUGGGCUUCGUUUCCCACAAGCUUGCUCUCGUGCUGGUCGCAUUGACGAGUGGGAAUGCGAAGCGUCUCAUCGGGCGGCGGUUCUCUGACGCGCCCGUGCAGAGCGACAUCAAGUUGUGGCCGUUCAAGGUGAUCGCAGGCGCGGGCGAGAAGCCAAUGAUCCAAGUCGAGUACAAGGGCGAGACGAAGCAGUUCGCCGCGGAAGAGAUUUCGUCCAUGGUGCUGACGAAAAUGAAGGAGAUCGCAGAGGCUUACCUUGGGACUACUGUGAAGAAUGCGGUGGUGACGGUUCCGGCGUAUUUCAAUGACUCACAGCGCCAAGCGACGAAAGACGCGGGCGUGAUCGCUGGGCUGAACGUGAUGCGGAUUAUCAACGAGCCGACAGCAGCUGCUAUCGCGUACGGGCUCGAUAAGAAAAAUAGCAGCUCGUCGGAAAAGAACGUGCUAAUCUUCGACCUCGGCGGAGGUACUUUCGACGUGUCGCUUCUUUCGAUCGAGGACGGCAUUUUCGAGGUGAAGGCGACGGCUGGCGACACGCAUUUGGGUGGUGAAGAUUUUGACAACCGCAUGGUGCACCACUUCGUCCAGGAAUUCACGCGGAAGUACAAGAAGGACCUGAGUAACAACCCGCGAUCUCUUCGCCGCCUUCGCACGGCCUGCGAGCGCGCCAAGCGAACCCUCUCCUCUACCGCGCAAACGACCAUCGAAAUUGACUCGCUCUACGAGGGAAUCGACUUCUACACCACCAUCACUCGCGCGCGCUUCGAGGAGCUGAACAUGGAUAUGUUUCGAAAGUGCAUGGAUCCCGUGGAGAAGUGCCUCAAGGACGCGAAAAUGUCCAAGGCGCAGAUCCACGACGUGGUGCUCGUCGGCGGAUCUACGCGCAUUCCCAAGGUGCAGCAGCUGCUGCAGGAGUAUUUCAACGGGAAGGAGCUCUGCAAGAGCAUUAAUCCUGACGAGGCUGUGGCGUACGGCGCGGCGGUUCAGGCGGCGAUUCUGAGCGGCGAGGGGAACGAGAAGGUGCAGGACCUGCUGCUGCUCGACGUGACGCCGCUGUCGCUCGGAUUGGAGACGGCUGGAGGCGUUAUGACGGUGCUGAUCCCGAGAAAUACAACAAUUCCGACUAAGAAGGAGCAGGUGUUCUCGACGUUUUCUGAUAACCAGCCGGGCGUGCUGAUUCAGGUGUACGAGGGUGAACGCGCUCGGACUAAGGAUAACAAUCUGCUCGGGAAAUUCGAGCUCUCGGGAAUUCCGCCGGCGCCACGUGGCGUGCCGCAGAUUACUGUGACGUUCGACAUCGACGCGAACGGCAUUCUAAACGUGAGUGCGGAGGACAAGACUACGGGGCAGAAGAACAAGAUUACGAUCACGAAUGAUAAGGGUCGACUGAGCAAGGAGGAGAUUGAGAGAAUGGUGGAGGAAGCGGAGAAAUACAAGGAUGAUGACGAGCAGCACAAGAAGCGGGUUGAGGCGAAAAAAUGUUCUCGAGAAUUAUUCGUACGGGAUGCGUAA